AUGGGUCUACCAGAGAAGAUCGAAACGCGUCUCUUCAUUAAUGGAGAAUUUGUCGAAUCAUCAAACGGAAAAACUUUUGACAUUAUCAAUCCAGCCACCCUGAAGCCUGUAGCAAAAGUACACGAGGCAUCUGAGCAAGACACCGACAAUGCCGUAGCAGCAGCAAAGGCUGCCUUUCCUGCUUGGUCUGAAUUGACUCCGGAGAAGAGAGGCUCGUAUUUCAAGAAAUUAGCAAGUCUAAUUCGAGAGAACAACGAUGAAUUGGCUGCUUUAGAAGCAAGCUCGAUGGGCCGCCCGGUGGGUGAGUUUAUCGAUGCUUAUGCCUCUGCUGCAAAAUGGGACCGCUACGCAGAAGCGGGAUACAGUGUACAAGGCACUACGAGCAUUCAGACCCCGGGAUUCGUCAACAUGACAUUCCGCCAACCUUAUGGUGUUGUAGCUGGUAUCAUCCCGUGGAACGUGCCAUUAUUGUUUUUGGCAAACAAAUUAGCCCCAGCUCUUAUUGUCGGAAACACUGUUGUCCUAAAAAGUUCCGAAAAGGCUCCACUGACUUCUGCUAAAAUUGCUACUCUGGUACAACAAGCUGGCUUCCCUCCAGGUGUGAUAAACAUCAUUACUGGCUUCGGGAAUGUCAGCGGUUCGAUUCUGAGUCAUCAUAUGGAUGUGCGAGCUUUGUCAUUUACAGGAUCGAGCCGUACAGGACGUCUGAUUCAAGCUGCUGCCGCAAAGUCCAAUCUCAAGCAAGUAUUCCUUGAGCUCGGAGGCAAGUCACCUGCGGUCAUCUUUGAAGAUGCCGACCUAGAAAAAGCCGUGAAAGAAACAGCACAUAGCAUUCAGUGGAACAGCGGUCAGGUUUGCAUGGCCAAUUCGCGCAUAUACGUCCAGGAUACAGUUGCCGAUAAGUAUAUUGACCUCUUCAAGCAGAACUUCGAAAAGGAGAUCAAGAUGGGUGACACCCUGGAGAAAGGCGUCAACCACGGCCCGCAAGCUGACGAGGCGCAACAUAAGACCGUAUUGGCAUAUCUGGAAUCGGGAAAGCAAUCUGGCGGUGAACUCAUCACUGGUGGCGGCGCCCCAUCGGGUCGCGAGGGCUACUACAUCGAGCCUACUAUCUUCAAGAACACACCAGAAGACGCAAAGAUCAUGAAAGAAGAGGUCUUUGGUCCAGUCGUCAACAUCAACGUCUUCAAAUCCGAAGAUGAAGUACUUACCAAAGCUAACGCGACAGAGUAUGGGCUGUAUGCAUCGGUGUACACUAAAGACAUUGAUCGUGCAAUGCGCUUCGCUAAAGGCUUAGAAGCUGGUACCGUUGGCGUCAACUGUACUUCGCCAGUCACUGGCGUCGACAUGCCUUUCGGUGGAUACAAGUCAUCAGGAUCAGGACUCCCGGGACCAUGUCGUUACUGUGCGCGCACAGGCGCUGUGUGUACUAUUGCUACCCCAAGAAGGAAAAGACCUUAUUACCAUGUUACCGAAGAAGAAUACCAAUGCUCGAUGCGCAUUCUCGAACACUUCUUCCCUGGUCAUGAGCUUAACCUGCAGUCCCUCAGAACUAUUGCUAAAGCGAUCAAGGACGGUACCUUUAAUGCAGAGCCCGUCCAGCAUACCGAAGGCCUAUUUAGCAGUGAUCAGGCAUCACCCGAAGAUGCAGAAAGCGUUGACGAUGGCGAAGAACAAGACGUGAACGAAUUGCAUGAGCCAUUAGGCUGCAUGCUGAAAGAUUCAAGAGGGAAAUUCCGUUACGUUGGCGCUCAUAGUGAAAUUCCCUUCAACGCGGCUGUCGCUACCUUGGGUAUGCAAAGGAAAGAUCCUUCUAUUAUUCCCGGACCCAAAAUAGGGUCAUAUCCGCCGAACCUACCAGUUGCCUCGCCUUCUACAGACUCCGGCGCAGAGGAAAGCUACUACCUACCUGGUCGGGAGUUGUGUGAUAUCUAUAUUUCUCGAUUUUUAGAGGAUGUCCAUUGCACGUAUUGGCUGUAUCCGGUCGAAAGUCUGCUGCGACGGGUAGAUAGCACAUACUCAGAGUCAGCACCACACUCGUCCAGCUCCUGGAUGUGUUGUCUUUACACCAUGUUCGCCAUUGGUGCAGCCAACUACGUAGGCAGCAACGGCAACUCUCCUCCACCAGAUUGGCCAGCUGCGUUGGACCUGAAAACUUCAGAGGACUAUAUUACACUUGCAAAGCAACUUAUCCCCACAGUCUAUGACGAGGCAGAUAUUGAUAGCAUACGUGCGAUGGCCAUGAUGAGUAUCGCUAUGGAGAACCUUUGUUCCAGAGUCAGUUCCUACCUCUACAUGGGUGCUAGCGUUCAGAUGGCGUUCUCCUUGGGUUUACAUCGUGACCAGUUGGCUGAGUCUGGGAGCGCAAUGGAGCGAGAACAAAACCGCAGGAUUUGGUGGACAUUAUUUCAGCUUGAUCAGGAUAUCUCAUCGCGAGGUGGUAGUCCUACGGUCGUUGAUGAACGUUUCACAAAGGUCACCACGCCAAUGCCUUCUGAGCAGAUCUUGUAUCCCGGACUACAUACGCCACUAUCCUGGAUGGCAACGUCAGUAUCCCUCUGUCGAUUGAAGCGCGAGAUCAUACAAUCAGUGUACAUGGAACGCUCGGCAAACUCUAUCUCCUUCUCAACCGUGUCCAACUCCCUUUUACUGCUGCAAAAGUGGUAUCGCCAGAUGCCGCCGCAUCUCAAGCACGACGUACCUUCACCUCCAACGCACAGACGCGCGGUAGCAGUUUUACACCUAUAUUACUGGAGUACCACGAUAUUGCUUACACGGCCAUUUCUUCUAUACCUUGUUAUAAAGCACGGGACACUAGCUUCGAGCAAGAAAAUCUGGUUCGAGCGCAUGGGCAAGAUGUGCAUCGACGCAGCACAGAAGAGCACUGCGAUACUAGAGCAAAUGGCGAGUGAUGGUACGUUAUCGAGUCUGACGGCCUUUGAUAGCACGUGCAUCCUACGGCUCAUCAUGAUCUUUAUCCUCGCAUACGCGCAUACGAGAACCCCACGGUACAGUCUGCAUAUCGAGAAGCUUGUCGAGCUUUCACGUGGCAUGGAACAGAUUGGCUUCACCAAGAUGGUGACAGAGGAAACACCACUACGUCUUGCCGAGCUUGGUAUUACAGGACAAGCCCAACAGAACAAUAACAACGGCAACGGAGAUUCGGGGCCAGUACAUCUCGACGAUGAAAUGAUUGCACAAUUAUGGGGUAACUGGGAUCCUAAUUUUAUGACGCCGCUACAAACACAGCAAAGUCUCGACCUCAGAUUUGAUGACUCCGGCGCUUACGAUAUCAACUCUGAAUUAUUGGCUUUCACAAAUCUGGACGACUCGAUCGUCAUUGACCCAUCGCAUGCAUACUCACAUUAUGGCAUGCGUUGA